AUGACAUCUCAAUUAAUUGAUAAGUUUAAGCAAUUAGAUGCAUAUGCUAAGACAUUAGAGGACUUCCGAAUAAAAACUGCAACCGGCGCAGCAAUAACUGUUGCCGGUGGACUGAUGAUGGUAUUAUUGUUUCUAUCUGAACUGUACACUUACAUGUCACCAAAUAUUUCUGAAGAGUUGUUCGUAGAUACAUCGAGAGGCCAUAAACUUCGAAUAAAUUUAGAUAUCGUCGUACCAACAAUCUCGUGUAAUUAUUUAGUACUUGAUGCUAUGGAUUCAUCAGGAGAACAGCAUCUACAAAUGGAACAGAACAUUCAUAAGAGAAGAUUGGAUCUCAAUGGAAAUCCAAUAGAAGAACCAAAAAAGCAAGAAAUUGCAACAUCUACUACAGUAAAACAAAACAUUUCUGAAGUGGCAAUAAUCACAUGUGGCAGUUGUUACGGAGCAGCACUUAAUGAAUCUCAGUGUUGCAAUACCUGCGAAGAUGUAAAGGAAGCAUAUAGAAUAAGAAGAUGGGCCUUACCUGAUUUGUCUACAAUAGAGCAAUGUAAAAAUGAUGAAUCUAUUGAAAAAACUAAUUUAGCUCUCAAAGAAGGCUGUCAAAUCUAUGGCUACAUGGAAGUCAACAGAGUUGGAGGAAGCUUCCACAUAGCUCCAGGAAAAAGUUUCACAAUUAAUCAUGUACAUGUCCAUGAUGUACAGCCCUAUUCAUCAUCAGUUUUUAAUACAACUCAUUUUAUAAGACAUUUAUCUUUCGGAACAGACAUUGAAGGUGCCAACACUGCACCCUUAGAUGGAGUUAAUGGUAUAGCUAAGGAAGGUGCAGUUAUGUUCCAAUACUAUCUUAAAAUAGUUCCAACUAUGUAUGUGAAACUAGACAGAACAGUUUUACACACAAAUCAGUUUUCAGUUACAAGACAUCAGAAAUCAGUGUCAAACAUAAAUGCAGAGUCAGGAAUGCCUGGAGCAUUUUUUAGCUAUGAACUUUCACCACUUAUGGUUAAGUACACGGAAAAAGAAAGGUCUAUUGGUCAUUUUGCAACAAAUAUAUGUGCUAUAAUUGGUGGAGUUUUCACAGUUGCAGGAAUUAUUGAUGCUUUUUUGUACCACUCUUUAAAUGCAUUUCAUAAUAAAAUUGUAUUAGGAAAAGCUGGUUAA